AUGACCCGUGAUCUACAGAACCAUUUGUUAUUUGAGGUUGCAACUGAAGUUGCUAACAGAGUUGGUGGUAUCUACUCCGUGCUUAAAUCAAAAGCCCCCAUUACUUCUGCACAAUACAAGCAAAACUAUACUCUUAUUGGUCCUUUGAAUAAAGCUACUUACCAAUCUGAAGUUGAUCAAAUAGAUUGGGAGGCAGAUGAUGCAUUCCCAGAUGAAUUGAAACCAAUUCAAACUGUUUUGAGAAAUAUGCGUGAUAAAGGUUUCUAUUUCGUUUACGGUACUUGGUUGAUCGAGGGGUCUCCAAAAGUUAUUCUUUUCGAUCUAGGUUCUUGCUCCCACUAUCUAAACGAAUGGAAAGGUGAUCUAUGGUCUCUUGUCGGUAUUCCAUCCCCUGAUAAUGAUAUAGAAACAAAUGAUGCCAUUCUUUUGGGUUACACUGUAGCAUGGUUUCUUGGUGAAUUAGCUGUUCAUGAUAGCCAGCACGCUAUUGUAGCGCAUUUCCACGAAUGGUUAGCCGGUGUUGCGUUACCACUAUGUAGAAAGAAGAAAAUUGACGUGGUCACCAUUUUCACUACACAUGCUACUCUACUGGGUAGGUACUUGUGUGCUUCUGGUGAUGUCGACUUUUAUAACAAUUUGCAAUAUUUCGAUUGUGAUCAAGAAGCUGGCAAAAGAGGCAUUUAUCAUAGGUACUGUAUCGAAAGAGCAGCCGCCCAUACUGCUGAUGUCUUUACUACAGUCUCACAUAUCACAGCCAUUGAAGCAGAACAUCUAUUAAAGAGAAAACCAGACGGAAUUUUACCAAACGGUCUUAACGUUGUCAAAUUCCAAGCUGUCCAUGAGUUCCAAAACUUGCAUGCGUUGAAAAAGGAAAAGAUUCAUGACUUUGUUAGAGGCCAUUUUAGAGGUAAUUUUGAUUUUGAUUUGAACAAUACUUUGUAUUUCUUUAUCGCUGGUAGAUAUGAAUACAAAAAUAAAGGUGCUGAUAUGUUUAUUGAAGCUAUGGCACGUUUAAACUAUCGUUUAAAGAUGUCCGGUUCCAAGACCACGGUUGUAGCUUUCAUUAUCAUGCCUGCUAAAAACAAAUCUUAUACUGUGGAUGAAUUACAAUCACAAGCUGCAGUUAGAGCUUUGGAAAAUACCGUCAACGAAGUAACCAAAAAUAUAGGCAAAAAACUUUUUGAACAUGCUUUGAAGUAUCCAAAUAAUGGCAUAACCACAGAGAUCCCAACUAAUCUGAACGAGUUGUUAUCUCAGUCCGAUAAGAUCAUGUUAAAGAGAAGAGUCCUAACCUUAAAAAGGCCAAAUAACCAAUUGCCACCUAUUGUAACACAUAAUAUGGUUGAUGAUGCCAAUGAUCCAAUCUUGAAUCAAAUUAGACAUGUUCAAUUAUUUAACAAAUCCGAUGAUAGAGUCAAAAUCGUUUUCCAUCCAGAAUUUUUAAAUGCUAACAAUCCAAUCUUGGGUUUAGACUAUGAUGAAUUUGUCCGUGGUUGUCACUUAGGUGUUUUUCCAUCUUACUAUGAACCAUGGGGUUACACGCCAGCUGAAUGUACUGUCAUGGGCGUUCCAUCGGUCUCUACAAACUUGUCUGGAUUUGGUGCCUAUAUGGAAGAUUUGAUUGAAGCAAACCAAGCUAAAGAUUAUGGUAUUUAUAUCGUUGACCGUAGAUUCAAGAGUCCAGAGGAAUCUGUCGAACAACUAGUUGACUAUAUGGAAGAAUUUUGUCAAAAGACUUUGAGACAAAGAAUCAACCAAAGAAACAGAACAGAAAGAUUAUCUGAUUUGUUAGAUUGGAGGAGAAUGGGUCUAGAAUACGUUAAAGCUAGACAAUUGGCCUUGAGAAGAGCAUAUCCAGAAGAAUAUAAACGUCUAGUAGGUGGUGAAGAAAGUAAUGCUUCGAAUAUGGAUACUUUUGUUGGUGCAAAGAAGUUCAAGAUCGCCAGACCAAUGAGUGUUCCAGGUUCUCCAAGAGAAUCCAGAGCUGGUAGUACUGUGUUUAUGACCCCAGGUGAUUUAGGUACGUUGCAAGAUGCAAAUAAUGCUGAUGAUUACUUUAAUUUGAGUUUGAAUCCAGAUGGCACCCCUGCUGAUGACGAUGAUGAUGAUGAUGAUCAAGCUUAUUAUGAUAAUAAAUAG